AGGCUUCGAUAGAUACAUACAUAUAUACAUGUAAAUGCCUCUCUCUGUUGUGUUUUUUUUUUUUAUUCAAAGCCUCUCUCUGUUGUGUUGAAGACUGCUCCUUUCAAUGGCUGCUUCACUUCUUCCCUGUCCUCCUUCCUCCAACAACUACAGGAUGGGUCAACUGUGUCUACACAUGCAUCCAGACCAAUUACAGAAAAGCAUCAUGUGUUUGUCUGUUCAUAUCCAAAGUAAAGCAUGUAACAGGAAGUUAUACAUGAUACCUGGAGGAGCCAUUUCCGAUCGCCAUGUUUUGAGAACUUCUGCAUCAGCUGGCUCAAUUGAAUUAGAUAGCACACACCAAGGAAAUGAAGCUUCUUUUAGUGUUUGGGGUCCAAAUGAUCCUCAAGGCAGGUCAAAAAAGUUGCUUGAUUGCUCAAGGAAUCCCUUGGAGGAUACCACAGAUUUUGAAGGACAGCUGCAGGAAUUAUUUGAUGAAGUGAAAACAAUGAUUAAGAUGGGGAAUGAAAAUGAUGCCAUAGACCUCCUUCGAGCAAAUUAUGAAGCUGUGAAAGAACAGAUGGACUCUGGUGCUAGAGGUAUAGAACAAGCUGCCACACUAGAUGUCAUAGCCUUGGGGUACAUUGCUAUUGGGGACUUGAAGAUGGUUGGCUCCCUGUUGGACGUGUUAGAUGAGGUCGUUGAUGGUUUAAAGGAUGACGAACUCCUUCUCGAUUCAGUACUAACACAUAUGGGAAGUAUGUAUUCAGCUUUGGGAAAAUUUGAGGAUUCCAUGCUUGCAUACAGAAGAUCUCUUGAAAUUCUAGAGAGAGAAUAUGGUAAAAAUAGUGUUUUUCUUAUCACACCGUUACUAGGGAUGGCAAAAGUACUUGGUUCUAUUAGAAGAGCCACAAAAGCAGUAGAGGUAUAUCACCGUGUGAUUACUAUAUUCGAAUUGAGCAAAGGUGCAGAGAGUGAGGAUUUGGUGGUGCCUUUACUUGGCCUCGGCAAUCUUUUAAUGAAGGAAGGAAAAGCUAUGGAUGCUGAAAUUCCUUUUAUGAGAAUCCUCAACAUAUAUACAAAGUUAUAUGGGGAGAAUGAUGGAAGAGUUGGAAAGGCUAUGUGUUCGUUGGCCAAGGUGAAAUUUGCAAAAGGGAAUGCUGAUGAAGCCAUUCAAUUAUAUAUAAAUGCUCUUCAGGUCCUCAAGGAUUCAAAAGGUAUGCCUUUGGAUGACAACGUCAUGGAAAAGAUGAGGAUAGAAGUAGCAGAAUUGCUGCAUUUAGUGGGAAGAGGAAAAGAAGGUCGUAAGUUACUAGAGGAGUGCUUGUUCAUCACUGAGAAGUAUAAAGGAAAAGAACACCCUAGCUUAGUUACCUAUCUUGUAAAUCUUGCAACCUCUUUUUCAUGCUCCAAGAACUUUGUGGAGGCUGAGCGCUUGUUGCGGAGGAGUUUGCAGAUCAUGUUGAAGACUGUGGGACCCAAUGAUCAGUCCAUCACCUUUCCAAUGUUAAAUCUUGCAGUUACUCUCCACAACUUAAACCAGCAUGAGGAAGCUGAGCAGGUAGCUGUGGAAGUUUUGCGCAUCCGUGAGAAAGCAUUUGGAAAAGAAUCUCUUCCAGUUGGUGAAGCUCUCGACUGUUUGGUGUCUAUCCAAUCCAAACUAGGGAAGGAUGAUAUUGAGUUACUGGAGCUUCUGAAGAGGGUUCUGGCAAUUCAAGAGAAAGGGUUUGGUUCUGAGAGUGAGGAGGUUAUGCAAACCCUGAACAAAAUUGUAUUCUACCUAGACAAAAUGGGAAUGAGAGAUGAGAAAUUUCCUAUGCAAAGAAGGUUGUCUAUGCUCAGAACCAAAUACAAACAUAUGGUUCAGUAUUAGGUUGUCAUUGCUAAAGCUACUCUUCUGCUUUGAAACCUAUAUAAAAUGUCUAUAUGGGACUUCACCUUUCAUUGUGUCUGAUGGUGAUAUCAAUCUUCCAUGUCAUAAUGUUUAAAUGAGAAACAAAUUAUGCGUCCAA